AUGGCGCGAUCGGUAAAUGAACCGCGCGAGAUUCGCUCUCAGGAUCCCAACAAUGGCGGUGUUCUGAGUGAGAAGCACGACGCCGCGGCUGACGUGCAUUAUGACGAGGAAGACUUGCACCGCACCCAAACAUUGGAAGGCCAUCUCAAUGCCACUGAAGAUGACAUCCUGGAAGCCAAGGAGGUUGCAGCCUCCAUGUCCCUCGAGACAGUGCAAAAGAUGAUGAGAAAUGUCGUCCUCAUCCACGAUGGUGACCCCAACUUUCCCUUUGUCACUCUCCAAAAGAUCAAGGAGUUUCUCGGCAAGGAGGACAUUGCCGAUAACCCGGAAAAGCACGAGCACCUGAUCCAGGAAAUGAAGCUCGAGGCUGCCCUCAUCACCAACAACAGCCCCUACGCCGAGGUCCGAGCCGCCGUUGACAACCACGACAAUCCGUCCCUCCCCGUUUCCACUAUCCGGGCCUGGACCAUCGGCAUAAUCUUCUCCGUCUUCCUCGCCUUCGUCAACCAGCUCUUCAGCAUCCGCUACCCCUCCAUCCGGUUCGACACCAACGUCGCCCAGCUGCUCGCCUACCCCGUCGGCAAGGCCUGGGAGCGCUGGAUGCCCAACGCCGACAUCCCGCUGCCCUUCUCCGGCGGCCGCACCAUCCCGCUCAACCCCGGCCGCUUCAACAAGAAGGAGCACAUGCUCAUCGCCAUCAUGGCCAACACCUCCCGCAGCACCCCCUACACGGCCUACAUCAUGUGGGUGCAGGUCCUCCCGCAGUACUUUAACCAGCAGUACGCCCGGUCCUUUGGCUACAUGUUCUGCAACGCCUUCGCGACCAACUUCAUCGGCUACGGCUUGGCUGGGCUGACGCGCAAGUUCCUCGUCUACCCGUCGUACUGCGUCUGGCCCUCGUCGCUCGUCACCAUCUCGCUCAACUCGGCGCUCCACAACGAGGAGAACCACAGCGUGCCGGGCCCGUUCAAGAAGAUGUGGAACAUUUCGCGCUACAACUUCUUCCUCGUCACCUUUGGCGCCAUGUUUGUGUACUUUUGGUUCCCCAACUACAUCUUCUCCGUGCUCUCCUACUUUAGCUGGAUGACCUGGAUCGCGCCCAACAACCUGAACCUUGAGAUCUGGACGGGCAUGAAGAACGGACUGGGUCUCUUCAACCCGGUGCCGACCUUUGACUGGAACAUCAUCUGCUUCACCACCGACCCGCUGAUGAUUCCUUCCUUCUCGACCUUCAACGCCGUCGGUGGCAUGUUCAUCACAGGCUUCCUCAUUGCUGCCGUCUGGUACACCAACACGUGGAACACCGGCUACCUGCCCAUCAUCUCCAACCGCAUCUACGACCACUACGGCAAGCUCUACAACGUCUCGCGCACGCUCGACUCGCACGGCAUGUACGACGAGGCCAAGUACAAGGCGUACUCGGCCCCGUACAUGGGCGCCGCCCAGUCGCUCGCCUACGGCUUCUUCUUCGCCGUCUACGCGGCCAUCGUCACCCACGUGCUGCUCUACCACCGGUACGAGAUCGUCAUGGGCUUCAAGAACCUCUGGCAGGGCCUGAAGUGGAAGAAGCGCGGGGCCGCCGCCGCCAGCAGCAGCAGCAGCACCGGUGCCGAUGCCACCGUGGUCAGCGGGGCCGCCGACGACACCAUCCGCGCCAACGAGGGCGAGUACCAGGACGUCCACAACCGGCUCAUGGCCGCGUACCCCGAAGUCUCCGAGUGGUGGUACUUUGGCACGCUCCUCAUCUCCAUCGUCUUCGGCAUCGUCGGCAUCGCCGUCUGGCCCACCUACACCUCGGUCGGCGUCGUCUUCUACGGCAUCCUGCUGUGCCUCAUCUUCGUCGUCCCCGUCGGCAUCGUCGCCGCCAUGACCGGCAUCGAGGUCACCCUCAACGUGCUCGCCGAGUUCAUCGGCGGCAUGAUCGUCGAGGGCAACGCGCUCGCCAUGAACUUUUUCAAGUCCUACGGCUACGUCACCUGCGCCCACGCCUUGUCCUUUGCCAACGACCUCAAGAUUGCGCACUACGUCAAGAUCCCGCCGCGCGUCACCUUUGCGGGCCAGCUGCUCGCCACCUUCAUCUCGACGCUCGUCUGCACCGGCGUGCUCAAGUUCCAGAUCGACCUCCGCGACGUCUGCCAGGAGAACGCGCCGAUGCGCUUCCUCUGCCCCGGCCCCAACACCUUCUUCACCGCCUCGGUGCUCUGGGGCACCAUCGGGCCGAUCAAGGUCUUCGGCAAGGACGGCCAGUACCGCUGGCUGCUGAUGGGCUUCCCCGCGGGCAUCCUGCUGGUAGUCGCGUUCUGGGCGCUCAAGAAGGCGAUGCCGAACAGCCGCGCCGUCCGCCAGGUGCACAUCGUCGCGGCCAUCGCCGGCUCCCUGCAGUGGGCGCCGUACAGCUUCUCCUUCGCCUGGGGCGCCGUCCCCGUCGCCUGGUUCUCCUGGAUCUUCAUCCGCGGCCGCUACCUCGCCUUCUGGUCCAAGUACAACUUCGUCCUCUCCGCCUCGCUGUCCGCGGCCAUUGCCAUCUCGGCCAUCAUCAUGCUCUUCUCCGUCCAGUGGGUCGACAAGGAGAUUGUCUGGUGGGGGAACACCCAGGUCUCGGUCGGCUGCGAGGCCAAGGCUUGCACCCUUCAUCACCUCGCCAAGGGCGAGCGCUUCUACCCUUGGUGGGAUAACUCCAAGGUUCCGGCUCCUUGA